GUGCUAAAGAAGAUCACAAGCCAAAGUUAUGGCACAGGUUGAAGUUGAAGUUGAUGCAGCUUGGUUGUUCAUCUUAAAAACGCAACAACGUAGGAUUACUGCACAUUCACCCAAAUGAAAUAAGGAAGGAAGCAACUAGCAAGUGAUAUAAAUAUAAUUGAGGAGCUGAUUAGAUUAGAGAUAUCAGAGGCAGCAGUAGCUUGUUGUCCUGAACCAGAUAGAAGAAGCAAUAAAGAAAGAAAGAAGAUAAGGAUGGCGUUUCUGUCGUCCUCAGCUUCAAACUUGCUGGGAACCAAAGUCCUAAUAUCGCCCCCAACUCCAAAAACAACGAAAUCGAGCUCCGCAAGAACAAGCAGGCUCAUCAACGCACAAAACCUGCAACAGCAACCACAACCACAAUGGAAGAAAUCACUGCCUGCUCUCACCGCCCUCUUCAUCUCCUCCCUUACCCCACAACCACAAGCCAUCGCCGUAGACAACGCAGGGCCCCCAACCGUCAUCGAGGCCCAGCAGCCCAGCACCCAGAAUCCCUCUCCAUUCUCUCAGAACCUUCUCCUCAACGCCCCCAAACCCCAGGCCCAGGCCUCGUCGGACCUCCCCGAGGGCUCCCAGUGGCGUUACAGCGAGUUCCUCAACGCCGUCAAGAAGGGCAAGGUCGAGAGGGUCAGGUUCAGUAAGGACGGCUCCGCCCUCCAGCUCACCGCCGUCGACGGCCGCCGCGCCACCGUCAUCGUCCCCAACGAUCCCGAUCUCAUCGACAUCCUCGCUAUGAACGGCGUCGACAUCUCCGUCUCCGAGGGCGACUCCGGCAACGGCCUCUUCAACUUCAUCGGCAACCUCCUCUUCCCCUUCCUCGCCUUCGCAGGCCUCUUCCUCCUCUUCCGUAGGGCCCAGGGUGGCCCCGGGGGCCCAGGCGGCCUCGGAGGCCCCAUGGACUUCGGCCGCUCAAAGUCCAAGUUCCAGGAGGUCCCCGAAACCGGCGUCACCUUCGCUGACGUCGCAGGCGCUGAUCAAGCCAAGCUGGAACUGCAGGAAGUUGUUGAUUUUCUCAAGAACCCUGACAAGUACACCGCUUUGGGUGCUAAGAUCCCAAAAGGGUGUCUUCUGGUGGGGCCACCUGGAACCGGGAAGACCCUUCUGGCACGGGCGGUUGCCGGUGAGGCCGGAGUACCGUUCUUCUCUUGCGCGGCUUCGGAGUUCGUGGAGCUGUUUGUUGGGGUUGGUGCUUCCCGCGUGAGGGAUUUGUUUGAGAAAGCCAAGUCAAAGGCGCCAUGCAUUGUUUUCAUUGAUGAGAUUGAUGCCGUGGGGAGGCAGAGAGGGGCUGGUCUCGGAGGCGGGAACGAUGAGAGGGAGCAGACCAUUAACCAGCUCCUGACGGAGAUGGAUGGCUUCUCUGGUAAUUCCGGUGUCAUUGUUUUGGCUGCUACCAACAGGCCCGAUGUCCUCGACUCUGCCCUGCUGCGGCCCGGCAGGUUCGAUAGGCAGGUUACUGUUGACAGGCCUGAUGUUGCUGGCAGAGUUAAGAUCCUUCAGGUACAUUCUAGAGGAAAGGCACUUGCAAAGGAUGUUGACUUUGAAAAGAUUGCAAGAAGAACCCCAGGAUUCACCGGGGCCGACUUGCAGAAUCUGAUGAAUGAAGCAGCUAUUCUUGCAGCAAGGCGUGACCUUAAGGAAAUAAGUAAAGAUGAGAUAUCUGAUGCCCUUGAGAGGAUCAUUGCUGGACCAGAAAAGAAAAAUGCAGUUGUUUCAGAUGAGAAGAAGAAAUUAGUAGCCUACCACGAGGCUGGCCAUGCUCUAGUGGGUGCUUUGAUGCCCGAAUAUGAUCCUGUGGCGAAGAUUUCAAUCAUUCCUCGCGGCCAAGCUGGUGGUCUCACAUUUUUUGCUCCCAGUGAAGAGAGGCUUGAGUCUGGACUGUACAGUAGAAGCUACUUGGAAAAUCAGAUGGCAGUUGCUCUAGGAGGAAGGGUUGCAGAAGAGGUAAUAUUCGGGGAGGAAAAUGUGACGACAGGAGCUUCAAAUGACUUCAUGCAAGUUUCAAGGGUGGCAAGGCAGAUGGUUGAGAGAUUCGGGUUCAGCAAGAAGAUUGGACAAGUUGCUAUUGGCGGCCCUGGUGGUAAUCCAUUCUUGGGCCAACAGAUGUCAACGCAAAAGGAUUACUCCAUGGCAACUGCCGAUGUUGUGGAUGCAGAGGUGAGGGACCUAGUGGAAACAGCCUAUUCGAGGGCUAAGCAAAUCAUAACCACCCACAUCGACAUCCUUCACAAGCUUGCCCAGCUUCUCAUUGAAAAGGAAACCGUCGAUGGCGAAGAGUUCAUGAGCCUCUUCAUUGAUGGCCAAGCUGAACUUUAUGUUGCCUAAGGCCCAACCUUGUUUCCCUACGAAUCAGCACAAAUCUUGUUCUUGUUUGUAUCAUAAGAGCAGUACACAUGUUUAACAAUUCGGUCAAUACACUUCAUCAUCAAAGCAAGAAGUCGAAAGUUGUAUAAAAUGGUUUAGAAGCAGAGACAUUUAUUUGUGGGAUGAAUGCAUCUGGAGAAGUUGUGCAUUGUUCUCCAUUCACACCCAGUUCAAUACAAAGAUUGCACUAUACAUUUUAGGUUUCA